AUUAUUUUUAGAUUCUAUGAAAUACGCAAAAAUUUCAGAUGAAACACGAUUAGCAUUCAUUGAAAAAGUAAAACAAGGUGCUUGUACUAUUAAGCAAGCCGCUAAACAAUUUGGAAUAAAAUUUUCAACAGGAAAAGCAAUCCUAUCUCUUUAUAAACAUGAAGGAAGGAUAGGUAAGAAGGAAAGGAGGACAAAAAGAUUUAAAAAAUAGAUAGAAGAAUAAGAAAAAUAAACUUAAAAAUGUUUGAAAGAAGAACUCUCUGUAGAAGCUAAAUAAAUUUAGGAGGUUUAGAACUGCCAAAAUUAUUAAACUUAUUUUAAUUCUUAUUAGCCCUAGUUUUUCAACUAUCAAUAAUGGUAUUAAACACAAAUUUGGUAAUAAUAUGUGAAUGGUCUUUCUCCAAUGAACUUUUAUAAUUAUAGAAAUAUAUUUUGA